GCUUUCGAAUCUGGCUUACGAAUGAUGCCAUUGACCCGCCGUCGUGUCUCAAAUCAUUCAAAUGAGGGCCUGCCCCGCGAUUCGAAAACUUACAGGGUCUUUCACAAUCAACGUGUUCAACGAUAACAAAAAGUUUGGACUCGGAAAUCGCAGCAAUGUCGAAACUCAUCACCGUCUUCGGUGCUACUGGUAAUCAGGGCGGUUCCGUCAUCCAGCACAUCCUCUCCGACUCGGCGCUCUCCAAAGAGUUCAAGAUCCGAGGCAUCACGCGCGAUGUGUCCAAACCAGCAGCCCAGUCCCUGGCCAAAAAAGGCGUGGAGAUGAAGACGGCCGACCUCAACUCCAAAGCUUCCCUGCACGCCGUCCUCGACGGCGCCCACACCGUCUUCCUCGUAACCAACUACUGGGAAGCAGCACAAUACGACAUCGAAGUGCAACAAGGCAAGAACGUGGCCGACGUGGCCAAGGACGCCGGCGUGCAGCACCUGAUCUUCUCGUCGCUGCUGCAUGUCAGCAAGACGACGAACGGGCGUCUCUCUCAUGUCCCGCACUUCGACGGCAAGGCCGACAUCGAGGACUAUAUCCGCGAGUCGGGCGUCCCGGCCUCGUUUUUCUUGCCCGGCUAUUUCAUGAGCAAUUAUGGAUCCAUGCUCAAGAAGGAUGAGGAUGGAGUUUAUAUCCUUGCGUACCCGGUUAGUGAGGACGCGAGGUUUCCGCUUGUAGAUAUUGCGGAGGAUACGGGCAAGUUCGUCAAAGCUAUAAUAAAGAACCGCGACAAGCUGCUCAACGCGCACGUCCUCGGCGCAGCAGCCUACUACACGCCGCCGCAGAUCCUCUCCGAUUUCGAAAAGGCGACAGGGCACAAAGCGCGCUAUGUGCGCGUCUCGUCGGAGAAGUACAAGGGCUUCUUGCCCAAGAAUAUCGCGGAGGAGAUGCUGGAGAAUCACCUCUUCAUUGAUGAUCCUGGGUACUUCAAUGGCGAGAGCUUGCAGCCGAGCUUGGAUCUUUUGGAGGAAAAACCGACGACUUGGACAGAGUAUAUUAAGCGGAGUGGUGCGUUUACUUGAGUUUGGUGUAGGGGACUGUUGGUGUAUGGCGUGGGGGGUGGGGCGCGUUGUCGUCUUGUAACAGUACAGGUAUUUGCCCUGAGGGUUAGCCAGUUAUGUUGGUGUACUUGCUCCGCCUUUUAUAGGACAAUAAUACAGCUGG